UCCCUGACAGUUAAAACAAAGUGAAACAUAGGCAGAAACAAACAAAACUGCAAAUCCGAAUUAGUAUAGGGCUUUGUUAUCGGUGUCAGCAACAAACAACUAAGGUCAGCGUCCUCUGCUUUCUGAUAAGGGUUUUUGCAGGGUUUAUUCUUCCUUCAAUUCUAUUAUUUCAUCGAAAAAAAUGGGUUCUUUGGAAAAUGGAACACACAAAGCAAGAGAGGAACAAGAACAAGAACAGGAACAGGAACAGGAAGUAGAACAAGAACCAAUACUAGUGGAGCAAAGUCAGAGGUUUUGCAUGUUCCCCAUUCGCUACAAGCAAAUUUGGGAGAUGUACAAGAAGGCUGAAGCAAGCUUUUGGACUGCUGAAGAGGUUGAUCUCUCCCAUGAUAUACAACAUUGGGAGACUUUGUCUGUCUCUGAGAAGCACUUCAUAACACAUGUCCUGGCUUUUUUUGCUGCUUCUGAUGGAAUUAUCUUGGAGAAUUUGGCUGCAAGGUUUUUGAGCGAUGUUCAAAUCCCGGAGGCUCGGGCGUUUUAUGGGUUUCAGAUAGCAAUGGAGAAUAUUCAUUCUGAAAUGUACAGCUUGCUGCUGGAGACAUAUAUUAAAGAUUCAAGAGAGAAAUAUAGAUUGUUCAAUGCAAUUGAAAAUUUGCCUUGUGUUGCAAGGAAGGCUGAAUGGGCAUUGAGUUGGAUUCGUAGUUCCACUUCAUUUGCAGAGAGACUUGUUGCUUUUGCAUGUGUUGAAGGGAUAUUUUUCUCAGGAAGCUUCUGCUCCAUAUUCUGGCUUAAAAAGAGAGGACUGAUGCCAGGUUUGACAUUCUCAAAUGAGCUAAUCUCUAGGGAUGAGGGUCUUCACUGUGAUUUUGCUUGUCUUUUGUACAGUUUGUUACGAAAGCCUCUAAGUUCUGAUCGGGUUCAUAAGCUUGUACACGAAGCUGUAGAAAUUGAAACUGAGUUUGUCUGUGAGGCCCUCCCUUGUGCGUUGAUUGGCAUGAACUCAACACUCAUGAGCCAGUACAUAAAAUUUGUAGCUGACAGGCUAAUGGCUGCUUUGGGGUACCAAAGAAAGUAUAAUGUGGAAAAUCCCUUUGAUUGGAUGGAGUUUAUCUCUUUGCAAGGGAAGGCUAACUUUUUCGAGAGAAGGGUGGGUGAUUAUCAAAAAGCUUCUGUGAUGUCAAACCUCCAAGAUGCGGGGAAAAACUUUGUUUUCAAGCUUGAUGAGGACUUCUAGCCAUCAUUGAUUUGUAUCAGUUUCUUCAAUUAUUCUGGGGAUGUUGAAUUGAGCAUCGAGAUUUUAUUUACCAGUAUUCUUUUUUUCAGUAACAUGAUUAGUUUACACCAACACAAAUUUGAUUCCUGGGAGAUAUCUUUACUCAGGUUAUUUGUAAUAAUAUGUUUGUUUCUAUUUGUUA